UUAGUUCACUGUUGUGUGUUUAUUCAAGCAGAAAGAUGGAUGCAGCAACAGUUUUUCAGGAUGAAUUUAAGUGUCCGGUGUGUCUGGAUCUCCUGAAGGAUCCAGUGACCACUUCCUGUGGACACAGUUACUGUAAGAGCUGUAUUACAGACUGCUGGGAUGAAGAAGAUGAGAAGAGCGUCUACAGCUGUCCUCAGUGCAAACAGAUCUUCAGUCCAAGACCUGCUUUAGCUACGAACACCAUGCUGGCUGAAGUGGUGAAGAAACUGAAGAAGACCAAACUUCCUGCUGACCGUUACACUGGAGCUGGAGAUAAGAAGUGUGAUGUCUGUACUGGAAAAAAAUACAAAGCCGUCAAGUCCUGUCUGAUGUGUGUGAACUCUUACUGUCAGACUCACCUUGAACAACACGAGAGUUGGUUUAAAGGAAAGAGACACAGUUUGAUUGAAGCCACUGGACGACUGCAGGAGAUGAUCUGCCAGAAACAUGAGAAGAUCCUUGAGAUCUUCUGUCGCACUGAUCAGAAAUGUAUAUGUAUGCUGUGUAUGGAUGAACAUAAAAACCACGACAUUGUAUCAGUUGGAGAACAGAGGACAGAGAAUCAGAACCAACUGAAGGAGACACAGAAGACGCUCCAGCAUAGAAUCCAGCAGAGAGAGAAAGAUCUCCAGCAGCUGAGAGAGACUGUGGAGUCUCGGAAGCACUCUGCACAGACAGCAGUGGAGGACAGUGAGAAAAUCUUCACUGAGCUCAUCCGCUCUGGUAUGAGAGGCCAUUCUGAGCUGAUACGGCUGAUCAGAGAUCAGGAAAAGACUGCAGUGAGUCGAGCUGAAGAACGACUGGAGCGACUGGAGCAGGAGAUCAAUGAUCUGAGGAGGAGAGACGCUGAGCUGGAGCAGCUUUCACACACACAGGAUCACAUCCAGUUCCUGCAGAGUUCCAAGACUUUCUCAGCACCUCCUGAAUCUACAGAUGUAAAUGAUGACCCCUACAUUUCUCUCUUCUCUUCUGAUGGUCUGAGAGAAUCUGUCCAUCAGCUGAGAGACAAACUUGAGGAUUUAUGCAAAGAGAAGAUCAAGAAGAUCUCAGACAGAGUCACAUUCACCUACAUUGUUCUCUGGAAAAGGAACGACUUUCUACGAUAUUCUCAUCAGCUCACUCUGGAUCCAAACACUGUGAAUAAAUACCUUCAUCUGUCUGAGAACAACAGAGUGAUUGCUGCGACUAAAACAGUCCAGUCAUAUCCUGAUCAUCCAGACAGAUUUGAUGUGUAUCCUCAGCUGUUGUGUAGAGAAAGUGUGUCCGGACGCUGUUACUGGGAGAUUGAGUGGAGUGGAAAUAAUGGUGUGCGUAUAUCAGUGUCAUAUAAGAGCAUCAGCAGGAAAGGAGAUGUUGAGUGUUUGUUUGGAUUUAAUGACCAGUCAUGGAUUUUGUUCUGCUCUCCCUCCGUAUACUCUUUCAGACACAAUAAAAUAGAGACUGUUCUCCCUGUGAUUCCCAUCAGCAGUAGAAUAGGAGUGUAUGUGGAUCACAGUGGAGGAACUCUGUCCUUCUACAGCGUCUCUGACACAAUGAGCCUCAUCCACACAGUCCAGACCACAUUCACUCAGCCGCUCUACCCUGGGUUUUGGGUUAAUAAUGAAUCAUCAGUGAAACUGUGUUGAUAAAAUAAUGUUCUAUAUCUGUACUAAGUUUGCCAUAAUUGGCUACACACACACACACACACACACACACACACACACGCACACACACACGCACACACACACACACACACACACACACACA